GAAGGAGGGCGGCGGCGGCGGCGGCGUCGCGGGCGGCGGCGUCAUGGUCGUGCGAGCGGCGCUGGACUUCGAGGAGUGCCUGAAGGACUCGCCGCGCUUCAGGGCGGGGAUGGUCCGCUUUCUGAACUGCAGUGUAGCUGCGUGGAAAUGGGCCGAGGAGAAGCCAGGGCUGCUUUGGAAGAUGUAGAAGGGGAUGUGACAGAACUGGAGCUGAAACUCGAUAAGUUAGUGAAGCUGUGCAUUGCUAUGAUUGACACGGGGAAGGCCUUCUGUGUGGCCAACAAGCAGUUCAUGAAUGGCAUCCGGGACCUUGCCCAGUAUUCCAGCAGGGAUGCUCUGGUGGAGAACAGCUUGACAAAAUUCUCCAACAGCCUUCAAGAGAUGAUCAAUUAUCACACCAUCCUGUUUGACCAAACCCAAAGAUCAAUUAAAGCACAACUUCAGAUGUUUGUUAAAGAGGAUAUCAGAAAGUUCAAGGAUGCGAAGAAGCAGUUUGAGAAGGUCAGCGAGGAGAAGGAAAAUGCCCUUGCCAAGAACGCCCAGGUUCCCAGGACCAAGCAGCACGAAGUGGAGGAGGCUGCCAACAUCUUGACCGCCACUCGGAAGUGCUUCCGGCACAUCGCUCUGGACUACGUUCUCCAGAUUAAUGUGCUUCAGUCGAAGAGGAGAUCAGAAAUCCUAAAAUCGAUGCUGUCCUUCAUGUACGCCCACCUGGCAUUCUUCCACCAAGGCUACGACCUUUUUAGCGAACUUGGACCCUACAUGAACAACCUCGGUGCCCAGCUGGACCAGAUGGCUGCAGAUGCUGCGAAGGAGAAGCGGGAGAUGGAGCAAAAGCACUCCACCAUUCAGCAGAAGGACUUCUCCAGCGAUGACACGAAGCUGGAGUACAACGUCGAUGCAGCCAAUGGGAUCGUCAUGGAAGGCUACCUCUUCAAGCGAGCCAGCAAUGCCUUCAAGACCUGGAACAGGCGCUGGUUCUCCAUACAGAAUAACCAACUGGUCUACCAGAAAAAGUUUAAAGAUAACCCCACGGUCGUUGUGGAGGACCUGCGCCUGUGCACAGUGAAGCCCUGCGAGGACCUGGAGAGGCGCUUCUGCUUCGAGGUGGUCUCUCCCACCAAAAGCUGCAUCCUUCAGGCCGACUCGGAGAAGCUGCGGCAAGCAUGGAUCAAGGCCGUCCAGGCCAGCAUUGCCACGGCCUACCGGGAGAAAGGAGGAGACGAAGCAGAGGUGGAGAGGAAGCCGCCCCCUUCGGCAGUGAGCCCAGAAUCCAGCGGGGAGUCCAGAGAGAAGCUGCUGAAGGGCGAGAGCUCGCUCCAGAGGGUGCAGAGCAUCGCCGGCAACGCCGUGUGCUGCGACUGCGGCCUGCCGGACCCCCGGUGGGCCAGCAUCAACCUGGGCAUCACGCUGUGCAUCGAGUGCUCCGGCAUCCACAGGAGCUUGGGCGUCCAUUUCUCCAAAGUCAGAUCCUUGACGUUAGAUACAUGGGAGCCGGAGCUGCUGAAGCUGAUGUGUGAACUGGGAAAUGAUGUCAUAAACAGGGUGUAUGAAGCCAACUUGAAGAAAAUGGGAGUCCAGAAGCUCCAGCCUGGAAGCCAGAGGCAAGAGAAGGAGGAGUACAUCCGGGCCAAGUAUGUGGAAAGGAGGUUUGUGGCCAGGCCCCCCGCGGCCCCCGGAGGAGGUCCUCUGCCUCCCAGCCAAGAUGCCAAGUUGCCUGGCGGCCUCCAGCAGCCUCCGGCGGCCGCGAGCAACCAAAUGGGGGCCACCUCUCCGAAAGUGCGAAGCAACGACAGCGGAUUCCAGCACAGCGUGGACGACAGCAGGGAGCACCUGGCCGCCACCGUGUCAGUGAACACCUUAUGUGAGCCAGAGAGUGAUGCAGCCGCCGCCACAGCUUCCGCCGCUUCCCAGGACACCGGGCUGGUCCUCCCGGGGCUGCAGCUGUACCGCGCCUCCUACGAGAAGAGCCUUCCGCGGAUGGCAGAGGCCCUGGCUCACGGAGCCGACGUCAACUGGGUCAAUGCGGAGCAGAACAGGUCCACCCCUCUGAUCCAGGCCGUCCGUGGGGGCUCCUUGGUCACUUGCGAAUUCCUGCUCCAGAACGGGGCCAACGUGAACCUCAGGGACGCCCAGGGCAGGGGCCCCCUGCACCAUGCCACAGUCCUGGGGCACACCGGGCAGGUGUGUCUGUUCCUCAAGCGGGGGGCCAACCAGCACGCCACGGAUGAAGAAGGGAAAGACCCGCUGAGUGUCGCCAUAGAAGCCGCCAACGCAGAUAUCGUGACGCUAUUGCGUUUGGCGAGAAUGAAUGAAGAGAUGCGCGAGUCGGAGGGACUCUACGGCCAGCCAGGAGAUGAAACUUAUCAGGACAUAUUUCGCGACUUCUCACAAAUGGCGUCCAACAACCCCGAGAAGCUGAACCGCUUCCAGUCCUCUGAUGCGCCGAAGCCGUGAGGGGCCAGAGGGCGCUGGGCCAGCGAGACCAAAGCCGCCGCUGCCUCCCCCCCCCCCCCCGCUCUACCUGGAGCCGCACCCUCUACUUUUAUACAUAAAAGCUGCUUUAACGAC